AUGAUGAUUUUAAUGAUUUACAAAACCAUUCCAGUUUCCCAAAGUUUAUGUAAAGACGAACCCACAAACCAAACGAAAUCUGCAACAAACUUGUUAGUUAGAAGAAUCUCAACCACAGGUUUAAUAACCGUAGGAGAAUUUAAAGAUCCAGAAAGUCGUGAAGUUUUUAGGUAUUUAAGAUCAGAUCAUUCUUUAUUAGGUGGGAUUUGGAUUGGACCUUCAAUGAAAUCGGUUCAAAAGAAAUUUUCAAAUCUAAAUCAAAUCCAACUUGAAAAAAUUGCCAUUGAGAAUUCAGAAUCGAUUUAUUCUACAUUUAUUAUCCAAGAAGCUAUUAGACUUGUUAAAAGAAACCAAACUCAUUCAAAAAAACAAGAAGAAGAAGCAUUAAUCAUGGAAGGAAAUAGUGGUUUAGGUAUAGGAGUUUCAGCCAAAACGUUAAUGAAACAUUCCAUCAAGACUACCAUAGUUGAAAUCGAUCCAACAGUUUAUAAAUAUGCAAGAGAAUACUUUGGUAUGAUCCAACCUAAUGGAGGGAUUUAUUUAGAAGACAUUCGAGUUUAUUUAAAUCGAAAUUUAGCCAAUGAUGAAUCGAAGGAUCGACAAGAAACUGUGAUGGACAAAUUCGAUUACGUUAUUCAUGAUGUUUUUACGGGUGGGAUGGUGCCGGCUGAUUUGUUUGUGAAAAGCUUUUGGAUCGAUUUGAAAAAGGUUUUGAAAAUCGAUGGAGUUUUAGUGAUUAAUUUUGCAGGAUUACCUAGUUCUAGGGCUGGACUUAUGGUACUCUUGACUAUCUUUGAUGUGUUUUCGUUUUGUAGAACGUUUAGUGAAAAAGAUUUUCGGGAUCAAAAUCCAGAAGAAUUAGAGUUUCAAAACUUGGUAUUUUUUUGUAAAAUGAAUGAAGUACCUGAGUUUAGACCAGUAACUAAAUCAGACGUAUUGAAUUCAAAUCAUAAGUUUUGGAUUUUAAAUCGAUUAAUGAAUCAUGAAUUAACAGAAGUGAUGUCAUCAAUUUUAUUAAAACAUCAAGAUUUAAAAGAAGAAAUGGUUUUAAAGGAACCUAAAGAUUCGAUUAAAUUAAAACUUGCUCAGAUUCCUUCUGCUUUGAAUCAUUGGAAUGUGAUGAGAGAAUUAUUAGAUGAAAAGACUUGGGAAAAUUAUUAUUGA